UCUUUUUCACGUCGAUGAAUCUCUACGUGAUGACGUACAACGUUCAAAGAACAAACCGACGCAUGAUCUGAGAGAAAGAGGCGCCGGCGAACAAGAGGACAUGGCUGUUAAUGUAUAUUCCACCUCGGUGACCAGCGACAAUCUAAGUCGCCAUGACAUGCUCGCAUGGAUCAAUGAGUCUCUACAAAUGAACUUUACCAAAAUUGAGCUUUUAUGUUCAGGUGCAGCCUAUUGCCAGUUCAUGGACAUGCUAUUCCCAGGCUGUGUACCACUGAAGAAAGUAAAAUUUGGUGCAAAGUUAGAGCAUGAAUACAUUCACAAUUUUAAGAUAUUACAAGCUGCUUUCAAGAAAAUGGGAGUUGACAAAAUUAUUCCAGUUGAUAAACUGGUAAAGGGAAAAUUUCAGGACAACUUUGAAUUCGUUCAGUGGUUUAAGAAGUUCUUUGAUGCCAACUACGAUGGCAAAGAAUAUGACCCGGUGGAGGCACGGCAGGGCCAGGACGCCAUGCCUACGCCCAACCCCUCCAUGUCGGCCCUCAGCAAGCCCAAGAAAGUCAUCAAUGCAGCACCACAGAGAGCGGCCGUGGCCAAGGUAACACCCAAGAUGGCGCCUGCCUCUGCACGGAGACCUGGUGCUGGUGGUGAUGAGGAAAGGGCAGAGCUUGUACAAGAGUUAAACAUGUUGAAGUCUACGAUUCAGGAUAUGGAGAAGGAGCGGGACUUUUACUUUGGCAAACUAAGAAACAUUGAGCUGAUCUGUCAGGAGAAGGAGGGUGAGGGAGAUCCCACCCUGCAGAGGAUUGUGGAUAUUUUGUAUGCCACAGAUGAAGGAUUUGUCAUACCAGACGCUGAGUCAGAAGACCAGGAGGAGUUCUAAUACUUGUGACUUGUUGCAGUUUUACCCACCAUACUCCUGCCGUCUCCACACAGCCCACUCUCAUCCUAAAAGGCUCCCACAUCAUUAUGAAUUUGGACUUUUAUCUGAAAUCCAUAUUGAAACAUAUUGUUUUGUCUGCUAAAGCAUGAGCUGUUUCAGUUCUCUUAAGAGAUGGCUGCCUCGAUCUCCCCGUUUCGCUACGAGGAGUGUGUAAAAAAAUACAAUUCUUAAUAUUGCUUUACCUCUUUCAGCAACCUCAGACACCCGCAAGCAUAUUUAUCUUAUUUUAAAUGUCUCGGACACUUCAGUCUGUAGUGGUUUCUCCCCCUCUGUGCUAUGGUACUGAUCUAGUACCUUACACUGACACGAUACAGAGGGACACAAUAGUGUGUUAGAACCGUUCUGCCCAAGCGCCCCUCUCCCUAGUUUCCAUUCAUUUUUGGUGCUUGCUUUAGCAUACGGCAGGUAGCAGUCACCACCGCUCCAGUGUAUCCUUAGUGACUGUGCCUUAUACAGACUGUCUGGAGGGAGUGGACCCAGUCUGAUGUUUGUCUUUUGUUUGUUUUAUGGAUGUAGUGAUGUAUCGUUAUGGUCCAGCAUGAGUCAGGUUUUGCUGUAUUAUGUACUAACACUCAGUUUGUGUCACGUGGACAAGGACGUGCACAAGCAAAAAUCUUAUUAUUUUAUUUUUUAAUUUUUAAAGAAUUAUAUCCAUAUGAACAUAGUUGCCACUACAUUGCUGGACCCGAGGCCAACAUUUUAGUUGACGAGACAAACACUGCCUGUCUCUGCAUGGUCCUUGCAGUUUUCUACCUGUUUUUACUGCCUUAUAUUUAAAGCAUUUUUUCUAUCCUUUCAUUCGCACUGUCUUGGCAAAUAUGUGUUAUUCAAAUUAAAGUUUUAAAGAUUUAAAGUUUUCUUUUUUGUUCCUUUUUAAUUAUUAUUUGUAGAAGUUGCAGCAGAAUUUAUUUCGGAUGGAGACUUGAGAGCGUUUUAAUUACAAAAGACUAAAAACAUUUAGGGACUAUUUUAAAAUAUUGCACUCUUAAGACCAUUCCCCAACAUUGUCAGGCAAAUGUAAUAACACUAGGUUAAGGUAAGCGUACCUUUUCUACAAAAUAAUGUUGAAAGACCUGCAUGCCAUGGGAUGUCUGUGUUCUGAAUUGAUGAAUUAUGAGUUGGCUUAAGCAUUGACCGCUUGUUUCAAGUAAUGUUUGAACUUUAGGAUUGUGUCUAGGGAAAAUCAUGACUUGACUUUGGAUCACUGUGCAAAUUUGGAUUUUCUCUGAUGUGUAGCUUGUAUCAGUUUUAUGUACACUGGUUAUUCUCGAACAAUAUGAAAAAUUUCUCUGUGUGUAGUUACUUAAUGUUGCAUUUUAAAUGGAUAGCACGUGCAAAACCGGCAAUCAAGAGUUUUUAAUGGUGCUAUUAAAUACCUUGACCUCUAAGAAAUUGCCUGUUUGUGCUAGAAAAUCCUCCUUGCUGGUUGCUUUGGAUCAUUGGAUUGCAAAUAUUGCUGAAAUUGGAUGGACUAAAGUGUGCUGGAUCUAUACUAAACAGGAGAGUAGGAAAAUAAAACAUCUUUCAUUUAUGUAUGACAUAGAGUUGUGACGAGACUGUAUGUAAAUUCAUUUUCACCUUUGCUUUUGCAUAGGCACAAGGUGGAUGCAAGUAGCAUCUGUAGCAGAGUCACAUUGUUUUAUCCACAACUAUACUCUCUCUCCUUGUUUUUGUACAUGCAGGCUGUUAACAGUUACACAUUUUAAACAAUUUGUUCAAGUCAAUUUCUUACAAUAAAACAAGAUUUACAUGCUU